AUGAAGAUGUCCAUUGUCGCGAUCGCUCUGGCGCUGGUCUGCCUCGUGUCGUUCGUCUUUGCGGCCAACCAACCGACGACCAUGGACGCCGCGAUGUCCGCCGACGAGCGCAUGCAGCUGGCCAAGAAGAUCAAGGAGGUGAUUUCGAGCAACCCCAGCGCGGUGGAUCCGGCCAUCGCCGCCAUGUCGACGGAGGACUUCUUCAAGACGCUGUCGGGUCUCGUCUCGAACCCGGCGGUGCUCACGCACGCUUCGGGUUUCCUCAAGGCGGCAACCAGCGGCGACGUGGGUGCGAUGACUAGUCACGCAACGAGUCUACUGGGUGCGGUGUUCCCGGCGGCAGUGGCGGCGAAGGCCGGCACGGCUCCAGCUGCU